AGAAAGGUUCUUGCACUUGACCCUUCCCCUCAGAAACUUCAGAGCUCUGACUUGUGCUGUGGCAUAGAAUCUUUGGAAGUGCCAGUCUUGCAGAAAAUUCUUCUCCUUGCAAUCAACAGUCUCUGUUUCCAAAGCAGAGAAACCCAUUACUUAAGGUCCCGAGCUGAACCACAAAGCUAAAGUCCAGCAUCUCCUUCCUUCUAUCCCAAAGGUUCCAGAUUUCCUUCUGCAAGAUGACGUUCACCCUGCCCUCCCAUCGGAGCAGAGCUCUGGCAGAAUCUGGAAAUUAAGUUCAAAGGUUUGCUGUAUCUUCGUGAGGCCAUUACGACUGUCUUGAACCCAGCAUGCAGGCACUGCUCAGAUUCCACCGGUAUAGAUCACUAUGGGCCUCCUGCCAGUCCUGUUGUCCACUGCACCUCCAGCCCAGGCGCAUGGUCCAACAGGACAUCUUGGGAGCAAGAAAUCCAGAAAUUCCUGAGAAGUUUAACUUUGCAAAUGAUGUGCUGGAUCACUGGGCUCAAAUGGAAAAGGAGGGCAAGAAAGCCUUGACUCCAGCUCUGUGGUGGGUGAGUGGUGAAGGAGAUGAGAUGAAGUGGAAUUACCAAGAGUUAGGCGACCUCACCCGCCAGGCAGCCAAUGUUCUCUCAGAUGCCUGUGGCCUGCAGCAAGGAGACCGUGUGAUUGUGAUCCUGCCCCGGAUUCCUGAGUGGUGGCUGGCAGUUGUAGGUUGCAUUCGAGCAGGACUUGUGUUCAUUCCUGGGACCCCUCUGCUGGUGACAAAAGACAUUCUCUACCGGCUAAAGACCUCAAAGGCCAAAUGUAUCAUAACCAAUGAGGCUUUGGCUCCCACUGUGGAUGCAGUGGCAUCUGAUUGCCCUGCUCUAAAAGUCAAACUUCUCGUGUCAGAAAAUAGGCGUGAUGGAUGGAUGGAUUUCAGAGCACUACUAAGAGAAGCCCCCACUGCACAUAACUGUACAAAGACUGGGGGUGAAGAAGCAAUGACCAUAUAUUUCACCAGUGGGACCACCGGCAACCCCAAGAUGGCUGAGCAUUCCCAUGGGAGCUUGGGUUUCAAAGCCCUGAUGGAUGCCAGGAGUUAUUCUGAUGUACAAGUCUCAGAAACAAUUUGGAGCAUAUUGGAUACAGGUUGGAUCCUCAACCUAUUGGGGACAUUUCUGGAACCUUGGACAUCUGGAGCAUGCUCAUUUAUCCAUCAAUUGCCAAGGAAUGACCCAAUGAUUAUCGUCAAUACUCUCUGCAAAUAUCCCGUCAAUGUCAUGUUGGCUCCUCCUAUGUUAUACCGGAUGCUUCUAAACCAAGACCUCACCAGGUUCAAAUUCCAAAGUCUUCAUUCCUGCCUCAGCGCUGGAGAGACACUCCUUCCUGAAACUCUGCAAAAGUGGAGGAUGCAGACUGGGCUAAAUAUCAAGGAAAUCUAUGGACAAACAGAAACUGGCAUUACUUGCAGGUAUAGCUCAAAGGAAGGCAAGCCUGGCUUCAUGGGAAAGGCAGUGCCAAAUUAUACUGUCCAGAUUAUUGAUGAUAACGGUAAUGUUCUGCCUCCUGGCACAAAAGGAGAAAUUGGUAUCAAAAUCAAACCCAUCAAACCUGUUGGCUUCUUCUCUGGUUAUGUGGACAAUGCUGAGAAAACAGCUGCCAAUACCCUAGGGAAUUUCUGGCGCAUGGGGGACCUUGGAAUCAUGGACAAAGAUGGGAAUUUCCAGUAUAUUGGAAGAGCUGAUGACAUCAUCAAUUCAAGGGGGUAUCGAAUAGGCCCCUCAGAGGUAGAAAAUGCCUUGAAUGAGCACCCAGCUGUGGCAGAGUCAGCAGUGAUCAGCAGCCCAGAUGCCAACCAAGGAGAGGUGGUAAAGGCAUUUGUAGUACUGGAUCCUAAGUUCAAAUCCCAUGACCAGGAAGAGCUCAUUAGAGAACUACAGAAGCAUGUGAAAGCUACAACUGCCCCCUACAAGUACCCCAGAAAGGUGGAGUUUGUUUCAACACUUCCCAAGACAGUCACUGGAAAAAUCCAACGGGCCAAGCUGCGAAAAGAUGAAUGGAAGCAACCAACGAGGACCUAGGACCUCCUCAGAUCCCAGUGAUAUUGCACAAUGUGGUUGUCUGUCCCCAAAAAGAGCAGGGUCCUUUUCCUUUCUCAGCCCCUAUUCUGGUAUAAGCCUAUCAUAGACUAGACUAUUGUCUCAAGUUCAGGGACAUAAUUUAUUGGGGUACUCACAGACCACAAAAUGCAAUAAAAGAUUAAUACAAUAGAAUGUUCUCUUCAUUCUUUGUCAGCUCAUGAAAGGCUUCCAAAAUUUCUCUGCAACUAUCCCUUUUACAAUUUCUUAUAUCACAUUGGUAUUCCAUUAUAGUCAUACAGCAGCUAGGUGGAUCAGGAAGACCUGAGUUCAUAACUAAUCUCUGAGAUUUACUAGCUUUGAUACCUUGGGCAAGUCACUUAACCUCAGUUUCCUGAAUUAUAAAAUAGGGGAAACAAUAGCACCUAUUUGAAGGGUUGUUGUAAAGGUCAAAGAGAUACUAUUUGUCAAGUGUUUAGCUCAGUGCCUGUGAUAUAAAUAUGAGCUACUAUUAUCAUAUACCAUAAUAGUUGCAGGAAAUGCCUUAGUUUCCAGAUCUUUAUCACUACAAAAAGAACUGUUAUAAAUAUUAUUGCAUAUAUGGUUUUGUUUCUUCUUUCUUUUAUCUCUUUGAGGUAUAAUCCUAGUAGUGGUACCACUUGGCAAAGGAUAUAUCCUUUUUCAUGAAUUUUUGGACAUAAAUCAAAACUGCUUUCUAAGAUGGCUAAACCAAUUCAUAGUUCCAUGAACUGAGUGCUUCAAUGUGCCUUUUUUCCUACAGUCUCUCCAAUAUGUGCUAUUUUUCUUUUUUUAAUCAUUUUUGCUAAUCUGAUGAGUGUGAAAUGGAAUCUUAGAAUUGCUUUCAUUUGCAUUUUCCUGUUUAUUUAGUGAUUUGGAGCAUUUUUGCAUAUGGCUAUUUAUAAUUUGGUAUAUUGCUUUUAAAACUGCUUGUUUCUGUAUUUUGACAACCUGUUCGUUGGGAAAUGACUCUAUUUCUUACUUUUUUGAAACAAUUCCCUUUUUAUCAGAGAAAUUUGCUGCAAAGAUUUUCCCCACCAUUAAUUGUUUCCUCCAAAGGAAUAAUUUUCUGAAAUGGACAAAAUAAUUACAAAAUUCAUUUGGAGAAAGAAAAGAGAAAAUAAGGGAAAUCAUGGGGAAAAUGAAAGAAUUAAGGGGAGAUAAUACAUCUAGGCCUCAGACUAUAUUUUCUAGCAGCAAUCAUCAAAAUUAGAUAUUACAUAAAAUAUUAGAUACUGGAUAAAAUCAUUAGAUACUAGGUAAAUGUAACAGACUAGACCAGUAGUCAUCAAAUAUCCUGAGUACCAUAUCCACUGGAGCCUAUUUUGGUAAAACCCUGGAACUGUAGUGAUAUCUCAGAGUUCUUUUAAUUUGCAUUUCUCUGAUCAGUGGUAAUUUGGAGCAUUUUUUUUCAUAUGGCUAUAAAAAGUUUUAACUUAUCUGAGAACUUCUUGUUCAUAUCCUUUGACCAUUUAUCAAUUGGAGAAUGACUGAUAUUCUUGUAAAUUUGACUCAGCUCUCUAUAUAUUUGAGAAAGGAGACCUUUGUCAAAGGUAUUUACCAUAGAAUUUUUUCCUUUAUUUUCCUUCUAAUCUUGGUUUUGUUUGUUGUAAUCAUCAUUAUCCAUUUUACAUCUCUUUGUGUUCUCUAUGUCUUUAUCCAUAAGUCUGUCUUGUCUCCCCUAAUUUGUUUAUGGCAUCACCCUUUCUUUCUAAAUCAUGUAUCCAUUAUGGCUUUCUCUUGACAUAUAGUACAAGAUGUUGGUCUUUGCCCAGCUUUUACCAUACUAUUUUCCAAUUUUCCCAGCAGUUUUUGUCUAAUAGUGAGAUUUUUCUCCCAAAAGCUUGGAUCUUUAGUACAAUAUUGUAUAAAAUAAAUAAAAAGUCAAUAUUUUCUCAUCUUA